AAAUGAGAUUCUGCUGUCCACAGUUGGACUUAACAGGAGCUGGAUGUAAUGCCUGGGCCGAGUAUCUGUACAGAUGGAAUAGCCUGCGAAGAAGGCAGAAAGAGGUUCACAGAGAAGCAUGCGGACCUUCCUGGGGAGACCUGAGUGUAUUCUGUGUCUGUUUUCUGCCUUAUCCAUGAUGGCUCCAUCCAACCUUAGCCAGUUACCCAGGCUUAAUCAAACUCACCUGGCCCCCUUGUUACUGCGGAUUCGAAAGGUAGGUCUGAAAGUUGAGGGAUCACAAUUCACACUGGAAGGUUCCCCAUUCCGGAUCCUAUCUGGCACUAUGGACUACUUCCGGAUACCGAGGCAGAACUGGAGACUCAGCUUGAGGAAGAUGAAAGCUUGUGGCUUCAACACCCUUACCACGCAUGUUCCUUGGAACCUUCAUGAGCCAAGAGUGGGCCAAUUUCACUUCACUGAAAACUUGGACCUCAUAGCUUUUGUCACCAUGGCUUCAGAUGAGGGGCUCUGGGUCAUUCUGUGUCCAGGUCCCUACAUUGGCAGUGACCUGGACCUUGGAGGCUUGCCCAGGAUUCAGAAAAUCCCAUCUUUUCCCAUCAAUAUCUCACUCUUCUAUUCUUUCCUCCUUGACCCUCAGUAUACAAAAGGAGGCCCUAUCAUUGCUGUGCAAAUUGAGAAUGAAUAUGGCUCCUACAAUAUGGAUAAGAAGUAUAUGGCAUAUGUCAAAACGGCUUUGGUGUCAAGAGGGAUCAGUGAGCUGUUCAUGACUGCAGACGAUGGCCUGAAUCUGAGAAAGGGCCACUUGAAAAAUGUGCUGGCCACUGUCCACAUGAAGAAUAUAAAGAAAGAAACAUAUGAAGAACUCCAAUCCAUUCAAGGCAGAAGCCCCAUACUGAUGAUGGUGUAUACGACAGACUCUUCCGACACAUGGGGAACUGCCCGCCAGUUUGGAAAUCCACAGAUGCUGAUGAAGGAUGUGCGGGAGAUGUUCAUCCUUGGGUUCUCCUUCAACUUCUACAUGUUCCAUGGUGGCACCAACUUCGGUUUAAUAGGUGGAGCUAGCUCUUCCAAUGGUUAUCUACCUGUAGUAACCAGCUAUGAUUACUGUGCACUGUUGUCAGAGGGUGGUGGAUACACGCCUGAGUAUCGUGUGUUUCAAGAGCUUUUUCACUCAGUUACAGAUGUUUCCACGGUCAUUCAACCAAAAUCUGUACGGAUGACUGCAUACAAGUCAUUGACACUCUUAUAUUUCCUCACCCUGUGGGAAGUCCUGCCCUAUCUGGACCAGCCAGCAAAGUCUGUCAAGCCACUCUCCAUGGAGCAGCUGCCUGUGAACUAAGGGUAUGGACAGUCCUUUGGGUACACGCUUUAUGAGACCACCAUCUUCAGUGGAGGCCUCCUCACCACAAAGGGUCAUAUUCAAGACCGAGGGCAGGUGUUUCUGGAUAACAAAUUCAUAGGAGUCCUGGAUCGUUUCAAGAGCGAGCUGCUUCUUGUGAAAAAUCCCUCCAAGAAAACCCAGAUCCUGAGGAUCCUGGUGGAGAACCUAGGCCGACUCUCUUCUGGGUUGGAUAUCAACAAAGAGAGAAAAGGUCUAACUGGAGACAUCUAUCUGGACAAGACUCCUCUGAGACAAUUUAGAAUCUACAGCCUGGAAAUGAAAACCAUGUUCAUAUAUAGAAAACUUCCGAGGUUUCCUGACUCCUGGAAAGUAGUUACAAGCCAUGUUCAGGGUCCGGCCUUUUUCCUGAGUCACUUGAGAGCUGGAGAUCUUCCCCAGGGCACCUUCAUAAAAAUAAAGGGCUGGAGAAAGGGUGUCAUAUUCAUCAACGGACAAACCCUAGGACGAUACUGGAAUAUCGGUCCCCAGGAAACCCUCUAUGUCCCUGCUGUCUGGCUCCAUCCUGGAAUUAAUGAGAUCGUGAUGUUCGAGGAGUUGAAAGGAGGCAUAAGGAUCUACUUCUCAAGAGAGGCUAAACUUGGAUUUUGAGUCUCAACUAUUGUGAAAUAAUCCAGAGGACAGACAAUUGAAUCCCAUCCACCGUGGUGGUGGGCGUAUCCCAUGAGUCCUGACACUUAGGUGGGUCUCUGCAUCCACCCUGGCUUCUCUUUCUACCCCAUGCCGGGCUCAGUUCUACCAUCCGUCUCCUCCUUUGACAGCAAACCUAACUUUUGACUUGUUAGCUCAUUUGUGCUGAUGUUUACACAAAACGGGCUUUCCGUGUCCACUUCCUUUGUCAUGUUUCUUUAUAAAUUUUCUU